UCUGGCCAUUCCUGUACAGUUGGCACCCUUUCGCUAAGCUUGCUAAAAAACGUCAUCCUGCAUCCGCACCUACAGAAAAACUAGACACACUAACCCGCGACAGACUUUGCCCUUAACUAUGGGACAUUCAGUUCGGUAGCUGUUAAGCCAUUGUUAGUAAAUAUAUAAUUUGUUUCAUCAAGUUAUAGAAGGUUUUUGUGAUAUAUACAUGAGAUUAUUAUUUAUAUGAACGUACAUUUGUCUUACCAGGAAUUGAUUCAAUAUUCAACAUAGUUAAUUUUGAUCUCUGGAGGAUUAAUUAUAAUUACAGAACAGGGCCGUUGCGUGACUCCGGAAAAGGUGAGUUAUACUAAAGAAAGAAGAGAUCAGAACAUAAGAACAGUAUAACAAACAUAAGAACAGAACAGAACCACCCUAAUGAAUCAGGAUGAUUAUACUCUAUCGUCUUCUGACGAUGAGUCACAACCAACUCAACCACAUUCCAAUAUAAGAUUACCACACUUAAAUCUUCAUGACUAUAGAAGGCACCAACAGAAGCAAGCAUCUCGAAAUUUUUCAAAAGCAAGUAAGAAACUAGCUACAGGAGGUAAAUCAGUAAGAUUCCCUGAUCUGUAUGUACCUCGAAAUCCUCGAGAUUCAAUGAUCAGUAGUGGUGCAGCAUCUAAUGCUAGUUCUUUAGAUGAGGAAUUGGAGGAUUUCAAUGACCAGGAUAAUGUAGAUCCUCAUGAUAAAUUACCGAGCUUUAAAUUUAAUACUUCAAAUGUAAAACAUAGUCAACUGGAAUUAAAUGAUAACGAAAGUGAUGAGAAUAAUGUAUUUCGAAAUCAGGAUAUUGAAUAUGAUAGUGAAGGAAUUCCUCAGAGCCUAAGUGAUUCAUCAUCAUCAGAUGAUGACGAUGACGAGGACAAUAAUGAAGAUGAUAAAGGAAAAGGUGAGGGUAUAGAUAUCACUGACCAAAACAAUUCAAGUCAAAUUAAACAUAGUUCAAGUAGUUCAGAUUCAUAUAAUGAAGAAAGAAAGAAAUCUAUAGCGGGAAAUUCAGGAGGUCUUAAGGGAAUCUUAAGGAAAAUGUCAUUAAUAGAUAGACCUACUGAUCAAGAUAUGUCUCCCUCAGAUACAUUCUUAGGACGUGUAUUAAGUAUGUCUAAUGGUGGUGGACUUAGUGGAGGUGGUUUAGCUCCCGGAGCUUCUAGAAUGGAACAUGAAUCUAUAAGAGAAAAUGAUGAAGAAGCAAGAGUAGGAUUUGAUGAUUCUAUAGAAAUGAAGCCAAUGGAUUUUGAUUCAUUAAGUGAAGAAGCCAAACAAUUAAUUCAAGCUCAUGUGCCUGAAUCCAGAAAUCAUAUUCAUGAAGGAUCUUCUAGUUCUCAUAAUACUACAUCACCUACGGAUUCAGGUGGUUCACAUCGAAGCUCAGAUCAUAAAUUUUAUACACCAUUACCAGGUGCAGAUAUUCUAAAUAAUGAUUACUAUGAACCUACUGGUGGUGAAUUUUUAUUAGAUGGUGAAACUGAGGAUGGUUAUAUUGCACCUCCAUCUCGAGUCCAUGCGGGAGUAUUAAGCUCUUUAUUAAAGUUAUAUAAUCAUGAAGAUCAAUCGAGAUCUACGUCAAGUCUAGCAUCUUCAAGAUUUACAGAUGCAGCAACUUUGGCAGGAGAGAGCACGUUUGGAGAAAGUAUUAAUGAAACAAGAACCCAAUCUUCCUUAGACUUUAAUAAAUUAAAACAAGGAAUCAGAUCAGCUCCCAAAAAAGUUGAAUCAUUUUUAGGAGCUGGUAAACAUAAACAUACUAGUUCAACUGAAGAUGAUGAAGAUCAAUUACCCUUUGAGUCAGAAAAAUUACCAUCAUUCCAGAAUGCUAAACCCCGUCAACCACCUAAAAGACCACCGAAAUUAAAGAAGUUAAAGGGUAAUAGACGAGAACAAAAAUUAAAAAUUACAGUUCAUAUAGCUGAUAUUUUACAAAGACAACGUUUCAUUAUGCAACUUUGUCGUGCAUUGAUGUUAUUUGGAGCUCCAACUCAUAGACUUGAAGAAUAUAUGUUAAUGACUAGUAGAGUUCUUGAAAUUGAUGGACAAUUCAUGUAUUUUCCUGGAUGUAUGAUAGUUUCAUUUGGUGAUGCAGCAACCAGAACUAGUGAAGUUCAUUUAGUAAGAUGUGUUCAAGGUUUAAAUUUAUCGAAAUUAUCUGAUGCUCAUAAGAUUUAUAAAGGAGUUAUUCAUGAUAUUAUGGGAGUAGAUAUAGCAGCAGCCAAAUUAGAUGAAUUAUUGAAAAAGAAAAACUUAUAUCCACCUUGGAUGUGCGUAUUAUAUUUUGGAUUAGGAGCUGCUACUGUAGCACCAUUUGCAUUUGGAGGAGGUUGGCUUGAUGUACCUAUAUGUUUUGGAGUUGGAUGUUGUGUAGGGUUUCUUCAAUUUUAUUUAUCAUCAAUGUCCAACUUGUAUUCAUCUGUAUUUGAAGUGACUGCUUCUAUUGUUGUUUCAUUUAUUGCAAGAGGUAUUGGAUCUAUAAGAGGAGGGAACUUAUUUUGUUUUGCAGCUAUUGUUCAAGGUAGUUUAGCACUUAUUCUUCCAGGAUAUAUCAUUCUUUGUGGUUCAUUAGAACUUCAAUCUCGUAAUAUUGUGGCAGGAUCAGUUCGAAUGUUUUAUGCUAUUAUUUAUUCAUUAUUUCUUGGAUUUGGAAUUACUUUAGGAGCAGCAUUAUAUGGAUGGGUCGAUAGUAAUGCUACAUCUGCCAAUACAUGUUCUGCCAAUCAUUCAUUAAAUGAUAAAUGGAGGAUUUUAUUUGUUCCUGGAUUUUCAUUAAGUCUUGCCUUAAUUAAUCAAGCAAGAUGGCAACAAAUUCCUAUAAUGCUUGCUAUUAGUGGUGGAGGAUAUGUAGCAAGUUAUUUUGCUGGUAAACAUUUUGCUAAUGUUACUGAAUUUACAUCUUGUAUAGGGGCAUUUAUUAUUGGAAUUUUAGGUAAUUUAUAUUCAAGAGUUUGGAGAGGUAUGGCUGUGAGUGCUAUGUUACCGGCCGUAUUUGUUCAAGUUCCUUCUGGUAUUGCCAGUAAGGGAUCAUUAAUUUCAGGAGUUAAUACUGCUGAUCAAAUUACUAAGGGGAAUUCUACUGCAGCAGCAGCAGCAGCCGCUUCAGGAGAUGUAGAUAUGGGUUCAUUAAGUUUUGGGGCUACUAUGGUUCAAGUAUCUAUUGGAAUUAGUGUUGGAUUAUUUGCGGCUGCUUUGGUCGUAUACCCCUUUGGGAAGAAGAGAACAGGGUUAUUUACUUUAUAGGUUAUUUAUAUAUAUAUAUACAUCUAUACAAAUACAUUACAUGUAGCAAUGGCUGCAAAUAGACAGAUUUAUUAUUUUCUUUUAUUGGGAGGUACUGCAUACAGCCCAGCACCCACCUAAGGAAG